AUGAAAGCGAAAAAUUACGAACGCGUUGAAAAGUUAUUUCAGCGCAGUCUUGUCAAGAUAUUGCACAUAGAUUUGUGGAAACUUUACUUACAGUACAUCAGGGAAACGAAAGGAAAGCAUCAUGCAUUCAAACAAGUCCAAGGCUCCUAUGCUGAGAGCCAAAAGAUCACUGCAACAAGACGUGUAUACCAGAGGGCCAUUGUGACCCCUAUGUUGGGUAUAGAGACAAUUUGGAGAGACUACUGUAUGUAUGAGAACUCAAUCAAUCCAGCAAUCGCCAAAAAGUUUACGGAGGAACGCAGCCGAGAUUACAUGAAUGCCCGACGGGUUGCAAAAGAGUACGAAGUGAUCACUAAAGGACUGUGCCGAAACAUGCCUUCGGUACCUCCACAAAAUACACCAUAUGAAGCGAAGCAAGUUGAACUGUGGAAAAAAUACAUUCAAUGGGAGAAAGAUAAUCCAUUGAAGACCGAGGAUAUCAUCACAAUUACAAAAAGAGUCAUGUUUGCCUACGAACAGUGUCUUCUUUGCCUCGGACAUCACCCGGAUAUUUGGUACGAAGCUGCCAGUCACUUGGAGCAGGCGAGCAAAGUCCUUAUCGAGAAAGGUGACCAGACCACAGCCAGACAGUUUGCCAACGAUACGGCUGCCAUGUACGAAAGAGCCAUUGCCCUGUUGAAGACAAACAAAAUGUUGUAUUUUGCCUACGCGGAUUACGAAGAAGGUCGUUGUAAAUAUGCCAAAGUACAUUCGAUCUACAAGAAGUUGAUCUCUUUGGAAAACAUUGAUCCCACAUUGCCCUAUAUUCAGUACAUGCGAUUUGCCCGCCGCGCUGAAGGUAUCCUCUCGGCAAGGCACGUUUUCAAGCUUGCCAGGGACGAUCCACGGAUAAGCUAUCAUGUCUACUGUGCAGCCGCUUUUAUGGAAUAUUUCUGUAGCAAGGAUAAAGAAAUUGGGCACAAAAUCUUCGAACUCGGAAUGAAACGGUUUGGCGGUAACGCGGACUACAUCCUGUGCUAUGUGGAUUUCAUGGCUCAUCUGAACGAGGACAACAACAUUCGUGUCCUAUUCGAACGAGCGUUGGGAUCCAAUCAGAUCGCCCCGGAACGUUCAAGGCUUAUUUGGGCCCGUUUUCUUCAGUUUGAAUCACAGGUGGGUGAUUUGGCCAGUAUUCUCAAAGUUGAAAAACGUCGUCUACAGUCUAUGGAGUCUGUGAAAGAGGCUUCUCGAUUGGAGAGUGCACUCCUGAUCGAUCGUUAUAGGUUCCUCGACUUACUUCCCUGCUCAGAUUCCGAAUUGCGUUCCUUGGGCUAUCGGGAGCUCGCCCGCUUUCAGUUAUCUGGAUUGGGAAAAAAUCACGAUGAACUGCUUAGUGGUGUGGUCGGAUCGUUGGCUGGUGCGCUCUCGGGAAUUGGCACUGGUGGGGUCAGUGCGGAUGGAACGGGUGGCGGAGGCGCCUCGGGGUCGGGUGAACAACGACCAGCCUAUCCACAACCGGAUAUCAGUCAAAUGCUCCCAUUCAAACCAAAAGCGUAUCCUCGAACUGGUAGCCAUCCGGUGGCUGGUGGGGAAUUUCCGCCACCGCCCACAGCAUCUGCUCUGUUGCGACUGUUGCCACCACCUGAAUGCUUUCAUGGACCAUUUGUUGAAGUGGACAAAUUUUUGGAGCAUUUCCUCGAGUUGGAAAUUCCCGACGAUUACAUGGAUAUUGUGAAUGCGGAAUCCGAGGAACUGGCUAACAGUAUAGACCCAGGCACAGCGUUGUCCAUUGAACUGGCCAGCACGGCCGGAUCCACUGCACCCAUGCUACUGGCCGCUCGAAAACGCCGCCAACAGUUGAGCCUGGAUCCUGCUGUCGCAGUUGCUGGCAGUACUCGUGCAUCACGUACGGGCACCAAUCAAAUCCGUGCUAAGAAACGACCCUGCCUGAACGCUUUCGGGGACUCCGAGGAUGAGGCGGAUGAGGAAGACGAUGAAGAGGACGACGACGACGACGAAGAGGAACGAGCUGCCGCUCUUAUGGGUGUUGCCGGUGCCGGCUCCACUGCGGCUGUGGGUUCCGAUCUACUUCGUGGCACCCUGGCUGCUCCACUGGAUCUCUAUCGGUUGCGACAGCUACAAAGAGCGAAGUAA